GCGAGAGGCGCCGGGAUCGCGAGCGCCGGCUGAGCCAGCGGUGGCCGGGAAGCUGUGUCCGCAAGCCGGCAGGGCGAGGCGGCUGGGCUGCUGCGCCUCAGGCCUGGCAACUGGGAAGAAGCUGGAGGAAAGAUGCCCUCUGAAUCUUUCUGUUUGGUUGCCCAGGCUCGACUUGACUCCAAAUGGUUGAAAACAGAUAUACAGCUUGCAUUCACAAGAGAUGGGCUCUGUGGUCUGUGGAAUGAAAUGGUUAAAGAUGGAGAAAUUGUAUAUACUGGGACAGAAUUAACUCAGAAUGGAGAACUCCCUCCUAGAAAAGAUGAUGGUGUUGAUACUCAAAGUGGAUCAAAGAAAGAAGAUCUGAAUGACAAAGAGAAAAAGGAUGAAGAAGAUGCUCCUGCACCUGUUUACAGGGCCAAAUCAAUCCUGGAGAGCUGGGUAUGGGGCAAGCAACCAGAUGCGAAUGAACUGAAGGAAUGUCUUUCUGUGCUGGUUAAAGAGCAGCAAGCUCUGGCCGUCCAGUCGGCCACCACCACCCUCUCGGCCCUGAGACUCAAGCAGAGGCUGGUGAUCUUGGAACGCUACUUCAUUGCCUUGAAUAGAACUGUUUUUCAGGAGAAUGUCAAAGUUAAAUGGAAAAGCAGCAGCAUUUCUCUGCCUCCUGUGGACAAAAAAAGUUCCCGGCCCACCGGUAAAGGGGUGGAAGGACUUGCUAGAGUUGGAUCCCGAGCAGCUCUCUCUUUUGCCUUUGCGUUCUUACGCAGGGCCUGGCGGUCAGGUGAGGACGCCGACCUCUGCAGCGAGCUGUUGCAGGAGUCCCUGGAUGCCCUGCGAGCUCUUCCUGAGGCCUCGCUCUUUGACGAGAGCACCGUGUCCUCCGUGUGGCUGGAGGUGGUGGAGAGGGCAACCAGGUUCCUCAGGUCCGUCGUGACUGGGGAUGUUCACGGAACGCCGGGUACCAAAGGGCCGGGAAGCAUCCCCCUGCAGGACCAACACUUGGCCCUGGCCAUCUUGUUAGAACUGGCUGUGCAGAGGGGCACACUGAGCCAAAUGUUGUCUUCCAUCCUGCUGCUGCUCCAGCUGUGGGACAGUGGGGCACAGGAGACUGACAAUGAGCGGUCUGCCCAGGGCACCAGUGCCCCACUUUUACCUUUGCUGCAAAGGUUCCAGAGCAUCAUCUGUAGUAAAGACACACCUCAUGCAGAGGGGGACACGCAUCUUUUGUCUGGCCCACUGAGCCCCAAUGAGAGUUUCCUGCGGUACCUUACUCUUCCACAAGACAAUGAGCUCGCCAUUGAUUUGCGGCAAACAGCUGUUGUUGUCAUGGCCCAUUUAGACCGCCUGGCUACACCCUGUAUGCCUCCUCUGUGUAGCUCUCCGACGUCGCAUAAGGGAUCAUUGCAAGAGGUCAUAGGUUGGGGGUUAAUAGGAUGGAAAUACUAUGCCAAUGUGAUUGGUCCAAUCCAGUGUGAAGGUCUUGCCAACCUAGGAGUCACGCAGAUCGCCUGUGCAGAGAAGCGCUUUCUGAUCCUGUCACGCAAUGGCCGUGUGUACACGCAGGCCUACAACAGUGAUACACUGGCCCCUCAGUUGGUCCAGGGUCUUGCCUCCAGAAACAUUGUAAAAAUUGCUGCUCAUUCUGACGGUCACCACUACCUGGCUUUGGCGGCCACUGGAGAGGUGUACUCCUGGGGCUGUGGGGACGGCGGACGGCUGGGCCACGGGGACACUGUGCCCCUGGAAGAGCCUAAGGUGAUCUCUGCUUUCUCUGGAAAGCAGGCUGGGAAGCACGUGGUGCACAUUGCAUGUGGGAGCACGUACAGCGCAGCCAUCACUGCUGAGGGGGAGCUGUACACCUGGGGCCGCGGAAACUACGGCCGGCUGGGCCACGGCUCCAGUGAAGAUGAGGCUAUUCCAAUGUUGGUAGCUGGGCUUAAAGGACUGAAGGUCAUCGACGUUGCGUGUGGCAGUGGGGAUGCGCAAACCCUUGCUGUGACUGAGAAUGGACAAGUGUGGUCUUGGGGAGAUGGUGACUAUGGGAAAUUGGGCAGAGGUGGUAGUGAUGGCUGCAAAACACCAAAGCUGAUUGAAAAGCUUCAAGACUUGGAUGUUGUCAAAGUCCGCUGUGGAAGUCAGUUUUCGAUUGCUUUGACGAAAGAUGGCCAAGUUUAUUCAUGGGGAAAAGGUGACAACCAGAGACUUGGGCACGGAACAGAGGAACACGUUCGUUAUCCCAAACUCUUGGAAGGCUUGCAAGGGAAGAAGGUGAUUGAUGUGGCUGCGGGCUCCACCCACUGCCUGGCUCUGACUGAGGACAGCGAGGUCCAUAGCUGGGGGAGCAAUGACCAGUGUCAGCACUUUGACACCUUGCGUGUGACCAAGCCGGAACCUGCUGCACUGCCAGGACUGGACACCAAACACAUAGUGGGAAUUGCCUGUGGUCCUGCCCAGAGCUUUGCUUGGUCAUCUUGUUCCGAGUGGUCCAUUGGCCUCCGUGUCCCAUUUGUGGUGGACAUCUGCUCAAUGACUUUUGAACAGCUGGAUCUCCUGCUGCGGCAAGUGACUGAGGGAAUGGAUGGCACCGCUGACUGGCCCCCACCCCAGGAGAAAGAGUGCAUGGCUGUGGCCACACUGAAUCUUCUACGUCUUCAGUUGCAUGCUGCCAUUAGUCACCAGGUUGACCCGGAAUUCCUUGGUUUAGGUCUGGGCAGUGUCCUCCUGAACAGCCUGAAGCAGACUGUGGUGACCUUGGCCAGCAGCGCCGGGGUGCUGAGCACCGUGCAGUCGGCUGCUCAGGCCGUGCUGCAGAGUGGCUGGUCUGUGUUGCUGCCCACUGCUGAGGAGCGGGCCCGGGCGCUCUCUGCUCUCCUGCCCUGCGCAGUUUCAGGCAAUGAAGUGAACAUAAGUCCAGGUCGUCGAUUCAUGAUUGAUCUUCUGGUGGGCAGCUUGAUGGCUGAUGGAGGGUUAGAGUCGGCCUUAAAUGCAGCCAUUACUGCAGAAAUCCAGGAUAUUGAAGCCAAAAAAGAAGCACAGAAGGAAAAAGAAAUUGAUGAACAGGAAGCGAAUGCCUCAACAUUUCAUAGAAGUAGGACUCCAUUAGAUAAAGACCUUAUUAAUACUGGGAUCUAUGAAUCUUCUGGUAAACAGUGUUUACCUCUGGUUCAGCUCAUACAGCAACUUCUUAGAAACAUUGCUUCUCAGACUGUAGCCAGAUUGAAAGAUGUUGCUCGUCGGAUUUCAUCAUGUCUGGACUUCGAGCAACACAGUCGUGAAAGAUCUGCUUCAUUGGACUUGUUACUGCGUUUUCAGCGUUUACUUAUCAGUAAACUUUAUCCCGGAGAAAGUAUUGCUCAGACUUCAGAUAUUUCUAGCCCUGAGCUGAUGGGCGUUGGCUCCUUGCUGAAGAAGUACACAGCCCUCCUGUGCACACACAUUGGUGAUAUACUGCCUGUGGCAGCUAGUGUCGCUUCCACCAGCUGGCGGCACUUUGCAGAAGUGGCCUGCAUCUUGGAAGGAGACUUCACAGGUAUUCUCCUUCCAGAACUAGUAGUUUCUAUAGUGCUUCUGCUUAGUAAAAAUGCUGGUCUUAUGCAAGAAGCUGGAGCUGUUCCUCUUCUGGGCGGCCUGUUAGAACAUCUGGACCGAUUCAACCACCUUGCACCAGGAAAGGAACGGGAUGAUCAUGAAGAGUUAGCCUGGCCUGGCAUAAUGGAAUCAUUUUUUACAGGUCAGAACUGUAGAAAUAAUGAGGAAGUGACGCUUAUACGCAAAGCUGAUUUGGAGAACCACAAUAAAGAUGGAGGCUUCUGGACUGUGAUUGAUGGGAAAGUGUAUGACAUAAAGGACUUCCAGACACAGUCAUUAACAGGAAAUAGUAUUCUUGCUCAGUUUGCAGGGGAAGACCCAGUGGUAGCUUUGGAAGCUGCUUUACAGUUUGAAGACACGCGGGAUUCAAUGCAUGCAUUUUGUGUUGGACAGUAUUUGGAGCCUGACCAAGAAGUUGUUACCAUACCGGAUCUGGGAAGUCUCUCUUCACCUCUGAUAGACACAGAGAGGAAUCUGGGCCUGCUCCUUGGGUUACACGCUUCCUACUUAGCAGUGAGCACGCCACUGUCUCCUGUCGAGGUCGAAUGUGCCAAGUGGCUUCAGUCAUCCAUCUUCUCUGGAGGCCUGCAGACCAGCCAGAUCCAUUACAGCUACAAUGAAGAGAAAGAUGAGGACCACUGCAGCUCUCCUGGGGGUACACCUGCCAGCAAAUCUCGACUCUGCUCCCACAGACGGGCCUUGGGUGACCAUUCCCAGGCAUUCCUGCAGGCCAUCGCUGACAAUAAUAUCCAGGAUCACAAUGUGAAGGACUUUCUGUGUCAAAUUGAAAGGUACUGUAGGCAGUGCCACUUGACCACGCCAAUCACGUUUCCUCCUGAGCAUCCAGUGGAAGAGGUUGGCCGCUUGCUGUUAUGUUGCCUCUUAAAACAUGAAGAUUUAGGUCAUGUGGCAUUAUCUUUAGUUCAUGCAGGUACUCUUAGUAUUGAGCAAGUAAAGCACAGAACAUUGCCUAAGUCAGUGGUGGAUGUUUGUAGAGUCGUCUACCAAGCAAAAUGCUCACUCAUUAAGACUCAUCAAGAACAGGGCCGUUCUUAUAAGGAGGUCUGUGCUCCUGUCAUCGAACGUUUGAGAUUCCUCUUCAAUGAAUUGAGACCUGCUGUUUGCAAUGACCUCUCCAUAAUGUCUAAGUUUAAACUGUUAAGUUCUUUGCCCCGUUGGAGGAGAAUAGCUCAGAAGAUAAUUCGAGAACGAAGGAAAAAGAGAGUUCCUAAGAAACCAGAAUCCACUGAUGAUGAAGAGAAAAUUGAAAAUGAAGAGAGUGAUUUAGAAGAAGCUUGCAUUUUGCCUCAUAGUACGAUAAAUGUGGACAAAAGACCCAUUACAAUUAAAUCACCCAAGGAUAAAUGGCAGCCACUGUUGAGUACAGUUACAGGUGUUCACAAAUACAAGUGGUUGAAGCAGAAUGUUCAGGGCCUUUAUCCACAGUCUGCACUCCUCAGUACCAUCGCUGAAUUUGCCCUUAAAGAAGAGCCAGUGGAUGUGGAAAAAAUGAGAAAAUGCCUACUAAAACAGUUGGAAAGAGCAGAAGUUCGCCUGGAAGGGAUAGAUACGAUUUUAAAACUGGCAAGCAAAAAUUUCUUACUUCCAUCUGUGCAGUAUGCUAUGUUUUGUGGAUGGCAAAGACUUAUUCCUGAGGGAAUUGAUAUAGGGGAACCCCUUACAGAUUGUUUACAGGAUGUCGAUUUGAUCCCACCUUUUAAUCGAAUGCUGCUGGAAGUAACUUUUGGCAAACUGUAUGCUUGGGCUGUUCAGAACAUUCGAAAUGUUUUGAUGGAUGCAAAUGCCAAAUUUAAAGAGCUUGGUAUCCAGCCUGUUCCCCUGCAAACAAUUACCAACGAGAACCCGUCAGGACCGAGCCUGGGAACGAUCCCGCAAGCACGCUUCCUCCUGGUGAUGCUCAGCAUGCUCACCCUGCAGCAUGGAGCAAACAACCUUGACCUCCUGCUCAACUCUGGCACACUCGCCCUCACGCAGACAGCACUGCGGCUGAUUGGUCCGAGUUGUGACAAUGUUGAGGAAGAUAUGAAUGCUUCUGCACGAGGAGCCUCUGCCACAGUUUUGGAAGAAACAAGGAAGGAAACGACUCCUGUGCAACUCCCUGUUUCAGGGCCAGAAUUGGCUGCCAUGAUGAAAAUUGGGACCAGGGUCAUGAGAGGUGUGGACUGGAAAUGGGGUGAUCAGGAUGGGCCUCCUCCAGGCCUAGGCCGAGUGAUUGGUGAGCUGGGAGAGGACGGGUGGAUAAGGGUCCAGUGGGACACGGGCAGCACCAACUCGUACAGGAUGGGGAAAGAAGGAAAGUACGACCUCAAGCUGGCGGAGCUGCCAGCCUCUGCACAGCCGUCGGCGGAGGACUCGGACACAGAAGAUGACUCAGGUGGGUGAUUCAUGGAGGCAUUUAGUCCAAGGCAGUGAAUGGAUUGUCCAAAACAGUGUGUCAGGGCUCUUCUGCAGACAGUGC